GAUAAAUAUAGUUAUCAUCGUUUUCUUUGCCAUCUACCUAGGUACGUAGUUUGACCAUUGUCGAUCAUGUGAUCGCAUACAGUUUAAGGUACAUAUUAUAAGAAACUGACUAUGUAUAUACUAUAUCAGCAUCAUGCGAUAGCAGCUUAGAUUUGUAGAAGUCUGGACAUUGUUGGUCUAGAACUCUAGUGUUGUAAAGUUGUAUUGGCUAUAGCCUUGUCUCUUACAUAGUGUUAUCUUAUUAAGUAAUAAUUAAUUAAUUCUCUACAGAUGUUAUCAGUGUUUUUUUUAUAUAAUAUAUUAUAUUAUUAAAGUAUAUUCUGCUAUAACUACAUCUAAGAAAAUAUUUUCUUUAGUCUCAGCUCAACAUUGGCAAUGAAGGUGACAUAUUCCUGGAUCAUAUAUUCAUGUAUAAUUUAUGGAACCGGGAUUCAGUGUGACAGAAAACUCGAAAAAAGACAUACUGGAACAACUUGCUUAGGAGACACUGAAGAUCAUUUUAAAUGUUCAAAUGGACAGUAUAUCGAAUGGCCGGUGGUCUGUGAUGGACACAAGCAUUGUUCAGAUGGUUCGGAUGAGACCAAUGAGUUGUGUGCUAUAUACGAGUUUGGAACAAAUAUGACCAUGGAUUGUGGUAGAGUAAAUCAAAACAUAAUAUCCAAAAACCUAUCAUUUGCACUAGCACCUUGGAGUGUUAAGGUACAGGAAUCGAAUGAAAAAUCUGAGAUCAAAUAUAUUUGUAUGGGAACAAUCAUUGCUCCAAAUAUAGUAAUUUCUGAUGGUUCUAUGUUUUGGAAUCGAGUUAUAAAAUCAAAUCGAUUAAUGCUAACAAACGGUGUUCGAUUUAGAAUUAGUAAAUAUUCUGACAACAGUAAUACAAAUUUAAUCGAUGUAUCAGCGGUUUACUUACCUAUAGGUUUUAAUCAUACCCGUGCAAUUAAUGCUGACCUCAAAAUUGUAAACAUAAUAGUUUUUGUGUUAGCCAACAAAUUUUCUUUUGAUAAUGGAUUUAUACCAAUUUGUAUCGAUUGGUUUGGUAAAUAUGAUCUGCGGAAGAAAGCUCAAAUGACGUUUAUUGUAGCCAAUGAAGAACUAUAUCCGUCGGCAAUACAAGGAUCUUUUCCAUACACCGACAACAGUCUUUGUACAUUACUUCAAAAGAAUCUCACAAAUACUGGGGUGAUUAUUGAUAAGAUAUGUAUCAAAUUGGAGAAUGUUACAGAUCUAAGGAUAAUUGAAGGACUGCCAGGAUCAGGCUUAGGUAUUUUACACUCUGCUUCAAAUUUUUUAAACGGGAUAUUGAUUAGCUUGGUAAGAAGCGAUAAGCUAAUCAACUACAUGGUUUUUACAGACGUACAAUACUAUGUACCUUGGUUCCGUGGAAUUUUCAACAAACAUGUAACAGUGAAUUCGUGCAUUUUACCAACCGUUGAAGGUGUCAUAUAUUCUUACGAAGGUUCUGAUGAAGUAUUACCUCACGGAACAUUAAUUGAUCGCCACCUUAAUGUUAUUGAGAAUUGUGAUGUUGGAUAUCAUAAGGCUUAUCCCAUUAGCUUUAGGGUUUGUAUGGGAAAAGGAAAAUGGUAUUCGAGUUCUUACAAACUGUGUUACAAAAUGUGUCCACCUCUAAUAUCAGAUAGUCUAGAUUUUAAAUGUAGUCAUAAUUGCAAGUAUGCUAAUUGCUCAGAUCUAUCGAUACCCGACACAAUAGCAACACCGUCAUGUAAGCAAUCAUAUUAUGCACCAUAUGGACAAGAAGACACAUUACUAGAAUUAGUUUGUCAGUCCAAUGGGAUUUGGAAUAACCGAUUAUAUAGAUGCAUUCCAUAUUGCGGUAAAAUUAAUAAUAAUAUAAACAAUGGGAUGAUUAGCGAUGGUGAAACAGCCAGUGAAUGGAACGGCACCAUGGAACGUUGGAGUUUAUCGAUUUAAUAAAAUAACUUCCAACUAUGAUUUGAUUUGUGGAGGAUCUAUUAUUUCUGCAAAUUUGGUCGUUUCUGCGGCACAUUGUUUUUGGGAAAAUGGUAUGUCAUCUAGGAGUAUAUCAAUAAAUUAUGGUCUGUACAAAAUUGCUGUUGGAAAAUAUUCUAGAAAUAUCACAAUUAUUGACAAUAUUGAAUAUACUAAAAUAAUGAAU